GCUGCUGCUGCUGCGAUGAGCGUCCCGGCUUUCAUCGAUAUCACUGAGGAGGAUCAGGCUGCAGAACUUAGGGCUUACCUGAAAUCUAAGGGAGCUGAGAUCUCUGAAGAAAAUUCUGAAGGUGGACUUCACAUUGACUUGGCACAGAUCAUUGAAGCUUGUGAUGUGUGUCUAAAGGAAGAUGAUAAAGAUGUUGAAAGCGUGAUGAACAGUGUAGUGUCUCUGCUUCUUAUUCUGGAACCUGACAAGCAAGAGGCUUUGAUUGAGAGCCUAUGUGAGAAAUUGGUCAAAUUUCGGGAAGGUGAACGACCAUCUCUUAGACUGCAGCUGCUGAGUAAUCUUUUUCAUGGCAUGGAUAAGAAUACCCCUGCCAGAUACACAGUCUACUGCAGCCUUAUUAAAGUAGCCUCUACCUGCGGUGCUAUACAGUACAUCCCAACUGAAUUGGAACAGGUUCGAAAAUGGAUUUCAGAUUGGAACCUCAACACAGAAAAAAAACAUACUCUUCUUCGUCUGUUAUAUGAUGUGCUAGUGGACUCCAAAAAAAGUGACAGUGCAGCAAAAGUAAUGGUAGAGUUGCUGGGAAGUUACACAGAGGACAAUGCGUCUCAGGCUAGAGUUGAUGCUCACAGGUGUAUUGUCCGUGCGCUGAAGGAUCCAAAUACCUUUCUUUUUGACCAUCUUCUUGCCUUAAAACCGGUCAAGUUUUUGGAAGGAGAACUUAUUCAUGAUCUUUUGACAAUUUUUGUCAGUGCCAAGUUAGCAUCUUAUGUCCGGUUUUAUCAAAACAACAAGGACUUCAUUGAUUCUCUUGGUUUAUUACAUGAACAGAAUAUGGCAAAAAUGAGACUGCUCACCUUUAUGGGAAUGGCAGUAGAAAACAAGGAAAUCUCAUUUGACACCAUGCAGCAAGAACUUCAGAUUGGAGCUGAUGAUGUAGAAGCAUUUGUUAUUGAUGCUGUCAAAACAAAAAUGGUGCAUUGCAAAAUUGAUCAAACACAGAGAAAAGUCGUGGUCAGUCACAGCACUCACCGGACCUUUGGAAAGCAACAAUGGCAGCAGCUGUAUGACACUCUAAACUCUUGGAAACAGAAUUUGAAUCAAGUGAAAAAUAGUCUUCUCAGUUUGUCUGAUACUUGAUUCUUUCACCUGUGAUUUCAUUUCUCAGAUAGAAGCUUAACUACAGUAAACCAACUCAAUUUGUGAAGUUUUUAUUUGCCUUUAAAAAGAUUGGCAUUAAAUAAUUUGAACUACAAUCUGCAAAAGCAAUAAAUUUAAGCCAAAACAAUUCUCAAGUUUGUCAAGCUUUUAUAAUCAUGAAAAAAUUGUCUAUAUUCUUGCAUAAGGCAGAAGCAGACUCAGCAGGAUAGUAAUUGUUCAAGCUAAGGGUAUUCUAUAACUUUGGUAACUUUCAGUAAAGGGUUCAUUCUAGAGGGUUUUUUUAACUUUAGAGGCAUUAGAACUGCCAGAAGGUGUGUUACUUCUUUAUACAGGAUAUCUGCCAAUAUUCUUACACCAGUGGAAGACUUUUCUCCACAGGUUUUACAAAACAUGGAUUCAGAAAUAAUUACAUUUCUGCUUUAUUGGUCAUCAUUGCCUUUUCUGGGUUGUCCUUAUACUUUCUCUUUCUUGGCUGACAGAACUUCUCUAAAUACAGAAAAUUUUCAAUGUU